UUUACUGCGGACUAGUUCUUGAGGGUAUUUCCGUGUUGUUCCUUUCUCAUCCUCUUUUUGGUUCUUAAUUCAGUAAUCAUUCGAGUAGUUAGAGUCAUGUAAGGAGCUGUUUUUGUGCUUUUGCAGAUGGAUUUAUGAAAGGCUCCAGGAGUAGAAUAUUGAUUUUAAACAACUUGAAUCUUAGAAUUUACUUGACGGUCGUGUGGGAAGAGUGAGUCAUUGAAUUCUGACAAUACUUACCCUUUACGAGUACAAAUAGAUCUACAAUUGUUAGUAGACAUUUAAUAGGCGUGAAGAAUCUACAAAGGAAAGAUAAUGGCGCUUAUGGAAUUUUUUGGUUGUACAUUUAUUGCGUUCGGGCCUCCUCUGGCAUUGUUCUUAUUCACCAUUGCCAGGGAUCCACUCCGUGUUAUCAUCAUGAUGGCAAGCUCCUUUUUCUGGCUGUUGUCCUUGCUUGUGUCCUCCUUGCUGUGGUUUGCUGUUGUCCCAUUGAGACAGCAGCUGGCCUUUGGAGUGGUAUUCUCAGUAUUAUUCCAAGAAUUGUUCAGAUUCUUAUUCUAUAAAUUACUCUGCAAAGCAGAUGAAGGUUUGAAGAAAGUCGGAGAACAAGAAGAAGAAUCAUUAAGUUUGGUCAGGAAUAAACAUGUGCUGGCUUAUGUGUCAGGACUUGGGUUUGGAGUGAUAAGUGGUGCUUUCUCUUUGGUAAAUGUUCUGGCAGACAUGUCUGGGCCAGGAACUAUAGGGCUAAAUGGGGAGUCUGAGUACUUCUUCAUUACUUCAGCAUUCCUGACCCUGGCCUUCAUAUUUCUGCACACAUUCUGGGGAGUUGUGUUCUAUGCUGCCUGUGACAAGAAGAGCUAUGUGGGGAUUGCGGUGGUGAUCCUGUCUCACAUGCUGGUCUCAUGUCUGACCUUGUUAAACCAGAUGGACAAUCCCCCCUAUGCUGGGACUGUAAUUCCAGCGUAUAUAGUAUUGCUUGCUAUGGGAAUGUGGGCUUAUUACACUGCUGGGGGCUCCUUGAAGAAUAUCAAAGCUUUCUUUGGUUCUUUGUGGAGAAAGCCUGAAGGAUACAACCUAUAAACAUACUGGAUAGUUUCUGUCAAAGGGAAAUGCUGCCAUUAAAUUUUUCAGUUGAUGUUCAAUAUUUUCCACAUGAAAGUGAGUGUAGACUGGCAAUGGGGUUUGUGUAACGUUACCUUGGAAUGGAUGCGUGAAUAGAAUGUACAUAUUGAUAGUGUAUUAUAUAACCAGGGAUUUCUUCACUGUGUCUAUAACUAGUUUAACCAAAUUGCAGAAAAUGAAAGGAAAACAUGCUCUUAUGAAUUCAGAAGGUAGUUUCUUAUUGUAACCUGUGUUAUUAUUUGACCUUAGCGUGUUUUGCAAACUGUCCCUUUUAAAGCUAGAAAUCAAAACAAAUGUCUGUACAAAUAUGUUGUUGGAUCUUGAGCACAACAAGAAUAUUUUGUUGUAGCAACAUCCAAGACAUUAAAGCAUCUGGUAUGCAACCCAUUCUGUAGUAAAAGAACAUGUGUUUGUAAUAAACCAUGUCAGCAAAUUAUGACAUUUACUACCAUGGUUAUUAGAUACCCACUUUCAUUGUUUGUUUCAAGGUAAAACUUGUCGUCUUUUUCUUUUUUUUUUUUUUUUGUGACAUUUUGACAUGUAGUUAAUACAAUAAGUACCCUGUGUUUCUGGUUUUAAACACCAGGUACUCCAGUACUGCUGGACACUAAACCAAAAUAUUUAAAUACUUAAUUCAUCUUAUCAUACUGUAAGGUAUAUUUAAAAUAUAUACAUCAUCUUCACGUUGCAAAUAAUAUUGCAACUCGCUAAAACAGUUUUUGAUAAUUUAUUAUUUAAAAAAGCAUAUAGCACAUUAGCUUGCGCAUUAAAUUUUACUGUUAAUAUUUGGAAAACCAAAAUACACAGUUAAGCAUCUAUGAAGAUGACACAAUAAAUGUAAAAUGCAAAUAAAUAUUUUUUCC